AUCGGAUUAUAUCAAGAUAAGACGUUAUUUAUACCACAAGCAAGGCAUAUAAAUUUUUAUUUCAGGCAAACUGCAUCAAGUGAAAGAAAAUAGCUGCAAAAUUGAACAGAAUGAUACCCAAAGUGGUAAUUUUAAUCUGGUUCGUGGUGUUUUGCGGACUAGUAAGCCAAGUAUAUGGAGACGAAGACGAUUGUGGUGCUGACACUGACCUUAGCCUAACGAACGUCAGGUUCAUAUUCUCAGACGACGACGUCGCUGUCAGAUGGAGCCUCAGGACUCCAACGAAUUGUUCCAUCGAAUAUCACGUGGUUGUUCGAGACAGCGAAUUAGGCGUAAUUCGAGAUGAAUAUUUAGAAGAACAGUCCGUUCUGCUGGAUGCCAUGUCGCCUUGCAUCGGGUACAAUGUGAGUCUUAGGGCCGUUAACAAAGCGAUUCCAUCCGCAGAAGGACCACCCCUUACAACUUCCUCCCAAUUUGACUCAAGAGCUCAAAUUGCGCCUCUUCUAAAAUCGCUGCAGGUACAGUCGACGUCUAUCAACACGACUUGGUUAUUAGAAGGAGAUAGAAAUAGAUGCCCCUUAAAAAACUUCUACGUCAAUGGUGGGGACAUUUUUAACUUUUUGAUACCUCUGGAGGAUUUGGUUAAUCGGAGUGUUGUUCCUGCGGAAGUCAAGUCUCUCCAACCCAACACCAUGUACCAUUUCCAAGUUUCUGUGGAAAAUUCAGGAGGAUGGUCUCCUCCUUAUCAGAUAGCUGUGCAGACUCUUCCUGAAUAAUAAUAAAAACAAAACUUUUUCCUGGCUAUAUUUUACAAACUUACAACUAAUACAAAUUGUGCAAAAGAAAAAUAAAUCCAUAUUUCCAAAGCCA